AUGGCUGGUCAAGAUGAGAUCCGUGGCAACUCAGUCUAUCAGACUGAGCAGCCUGUUGAAUCCAAGCCUACUGAGGAAAUCCCUAUCUCUGAGCAGGUUUCCCAGCCUACGGGCAUGAUGGGCAAACUCAAGAAAUUGAUCAACCCAGAUGUUCGCGCGGAGAUGCCAGCCUACAAGGAUAUCAUCAUUCACACCUGGAAUGGUCCUGAUGAUCCCGAGAACCCUUUCAACUGGGGUCUCAAGUACAAAUGGCUGCUGACCCUCACUGUCUGCUUUGUCUCUAUCUUGACCGGUCUCCCAGCCGGAACCUACGGCUCCGGAAACGACUGGAUGGAAAAGGAGUUCGACGUUCAGAACUCUCCCUUUCCCAACCUCUACUGGGCCACCACGUCCUGGAACAUGGGCGCGGCCUUCUGGCCCUUGAUCUUCGUGCCUCUCACGGAGUCUUCGGGUCGUAUGCCCGGAUACUUUGUGGCGUAUAUCAUCCUCGUCAUCUCGCUGUUCCCAUCUGCCUUCGCGAAGAACUUUGCGACACUGGUCGUGACCCGGUUCUUCGGUGGCGGUGCUUCCUCCGUCUCGAUUAACAUUGUCGGUGGAAGUAUCAGUGAUGUCUGGCUGGGUGAACAUGCACGCAGUCUACCGAUGUCUAUCUUCGGUUUUACUAGUGUUGUCGGUAUCGCAUUGGGACCUUUCAUCGGCUCUGCUAUUGUGCAGAUUCCCAAGCCGGAGCCAUGGCGUUGGAUCUUCUACAUCCAAAUCAUCUACAACGCAGCCCUAAUCCCCGUCUUCUGGAUAAUCCUCCGCGAAACCCGCCCAGACGUAAUCCUCAAAAAGCGCGCCCGCAAGAUCCGCAAAGAAACCGGCAAACCAGUGUACGCGGCGGCCGAAAUCGACGCACCCAGCAAAUUCAAGCUCCUCCAGAUCUCCUUCCAACGCCCAACACGCAUGCUAAUCAGCGAGCCGGUCGUAAUCUUCUUCACACUGUGGAUCAGUUUCGCCUGGGGCAUCCUGUACCUAUUCUUCAGCAGCGUCGUGCAAACCUACAGCACAAACUACAACUGGAGCACGAUGGCGACAGGCCUCGUGCAACUAGCCAUCUCCGUCGGCGCCAUCAUCGGCACAAUCAUCAACCCCCUGCAGGACUGGUUCUACUUCCGCUCUUCGCGGCGCAACACCGAGAAACCCGGUCGACCCAUCCCCGAGGCCAGACUGUACACUGCCAUCCCGGGCAGUCUGCUCUUCGCCGCUGGCCUGUUCUGGUACGGAUGGGCUAGCCAGCCCGAUAUCCACUGGAUCGUGCCGACGAUUGGUAUCACUGCUGCUGGCAUUGGCAUUUACUCUAUCUACAUGGCUGUGGUGAACUACCUGACUGAUGCGUAUGAGCGGUACGCGGCGAGUGCGUUGUCGGCGGCUUCGCUGGGCAGGAAUUCGUUUGGUGCUUUCUUGCCGCUGGCUUCGCCGCAGCUGUUUAGUAAUCUUGGCUUUGGGUGGGCUGGUACUUUGCUUGGCUUUAUUGGUAUUGCGUUGUCGGUUGUUCCUGUGGUGCUUGUUUGGAAGGGCCCGCAGAUUCGCGCGAAGAGUACCUUUAUGCGCGAGGCUACGUGGGAGCCGCAGGAGAGAGUUGAGGUUGAUGAGUCGGGCAAGGGGGAUGGUCCUUCUGCUGAGAAUAGAGAGGGUGUUUUGGUUUAG